AUGGAGGAUAUGGUACCGGAGGAUAAGCUCCGCGCCUGCGCCAAUUGCGCGCGGGCGAAGACCAAGUGCAUCCGGCCGGACAAUGACACUGGCACCUGUCAAAGGCUCGUACUGGAGCAGAAGUUGGAUAAUAUAAUGGCACUUCUCACCCGAGAUGGAGAGAAGCCACCUGGCAAAGAUCGGGUUACCGAGCGUGUUCCAUUUCCCAGCCAGGCCCCUGCUUCAGUAACACACCCUCCAACCCCAGAUCACCCGCAGGCUCAGACAUUAUAUCGGACACUUUCGACCAGCUCUUCACCUCGCCCGAUCUGUAUUUUUCCCGGGUUUGAGAUUUCCCUCUCCGACGCGGACCAAAUUCUUCAAGAAUACAGAACCACCAUGCUUCCCGAAUUUCCUUUUGUUCCAGUGUCACCAGGGAGCUUUUCUGACAUGGCCAACGAGAGGCCUUUCCUUGCGAAGGUAAUUAUCUAUGUCUGUAGGCCGCCACCUGGGUCCUUGGUGGAGUUCGAAAACUGGUUCCGCCAACACGUUUCUCAUGAGGCUGUCGUUCUUGUGAACAAAAGCUUGGAGCUUGUCCAGGCGAUUCUGGUCUUUCUAGCUUGGUAUGAUGCAACAAUCUUUCUCUCGCUUGUUUAG